AUGGCAGAGAUCCACAAAGCUCCGGACCACAUUGAUCAUGUCGAGGAAUCAGCUUAUGCCGCAAAAGCGGUGCCAGAUGUUGUGAAAGUCGAGGGCGGUGUCUUGCUCGACGCCGGAACGAAAAAUGAAUAUCACCUCAAGGUCGCAAAGGACGGACAUACUGUCCUCCUGCCACAGCCAUCUGACAACCCCGAAGAUCCUUUGCUAUGGUCGGUUUUCAACAAACAUGCCCUUCUUUUCACCCUCGCCUAUGGCGCUUUCACGGCCGACGCCAUCUCUGGGGAAUGCACCGCGUUGAUCGUCGCCCAGGGGACCGACUGGGGCAUGAACCCAAACACGGUCAACCACGCCAAUACACUCAACAUUUUGUUGCUAGGCAUCAGUGCCUUGUUCUUUGUCCCUCUCUCGACCUGGUGGGGGCGCGCUCCCACUCUGUUCUGGUCCGCCUUCAUCGCGCUGUUCCUCAACCUGGGCGUCGCGCUCUCGACCGAUUGGGACACUUACUAUGUCCUUCGGGUAUUGUCAGGCUUGUUUUCGAAUGCGCCACCCAGUAUUGCCAUUGGCUGUCUCCGGGAUAUCUUUUUCUUCCACGAGCGUGCUCGAAAGAUUGGGUUCUGGACUUGUCUCUUCAUUGCAUCUCCUUACAUGGGCCCUCUGUUUGCCAACUUUAUGCUCGCAGGCUUGGGUGAGUGGCGACCCGUGCUCUGGCUGGGACUUGCAAUGCAUGCUCUCUACGUCUGCACCUUGGUGGUCUUCUUGGACGAAACUUGGUACAACCGCGACCCUGCACACAGCGACCAGCCUCCGCGUGGCAGUGCCUUCUUGGACAGGAUGCUCCGCGUUACGGGCUUCUGGCAGAUCAGGCAUCACAAGUACUUCAUGACUCUGCGUCACUCCCUGACGAGGUUUUUUCAGGCUCUACUGAAGCCCGUGCUGUUGAUUGUCUAUUUCAAUUAUUUCAUUGCUUUUGCCUGGGCUGUGGGAAUCAAUGUAACCACAGCAAUCCUCUUUGCCACCCCGGUUGAGUUCGGUGGAUAUGGCUACAAUUAUCGACAGCUUGGCUUCUUGUACUUCACGCCCGUGGUUGGAAUCCUUCUGGGAGAGGCAUUUGGGCAUUUUGCAAAUGAUUUCUUGGCCAAGAUAUAUGUUCGCCGCCACAAAGGUGUCUUUGAGCCUGAAGUCCGCCUUUUCAUGGCAUAUAUUGCUGCCUUUCUUAUGAUUCUGGGCCUCGUCCUCUUGGGUCAAGGGUUGUACCACAAGCUCAACGUUGGAGUCAUCAUCAUAGGGUGGGGCGCACAAGUCUGUGGCCUGGUCAUCCUUUCCGUGACAACAUUUGCAUAUGCUGUCGACUCUUACCCCACGGCGUCUGCUGAGACUGCGGGAUGGGUCAGCUUCAUUCGCGUUGCUGGCGGGUUCAGUGUCGGAUACUAUCAGCAGCCGUGGGGAGAGGCUGUGGGAUAUAACAACAGCUUUGGUACUCAGGCAGCCUUGGUCGGUCUUGGAAUGCUCCUCAUCAUCGUCGCGCACAAGUUCGGCCAUCGACUCCGAGUCAAAUCAGGCGACAUCAACUGA